AUGCCAUCAGAAAAUAUUGACCAUCAUUGGAAUUGUUGGAAAGAAUGGUUUCUCACGCAUGUGAAAAAUUCUAUUCCUAUGAAAGUUGUGACAGACACAAACUCGCCACCCUGGAUCGACGGAGAGGUAAGACAUUUGUUGCGGAAGAAGUAUGCUGCGUUAAAAAGAUUUCGACAGUCACGAACAAAUGCUAGAAAACAAAAACUGCGAACUCUAUCUCAAUCUGUCAAAUACCUAGUCAGACAAAAACAUCGUGAUUAUCUUGAAAAAGUUAAAGAUUCAUUUGCUGAAAAUCCAAAGCUGUUUUGGAGAUACCACAAGUCAGUGCGCCGUCAUCGGGUGAACAAUCGACCUGAAAUAGUUUUUAACGGCGAAACGGCAAAGACCGCAGCCCAUAAAGCAGAACUUUUCAAUACGUACUUCUCCUCUGUGUUUACAUCUCCUCGAUCAAGUACCAACCUAGAGGCUGUCACCCGUUCACCUCCAUUAAGAACUGAACUGCAACUUUCGGACAUAGUAAUCAGUGUAGACGAAGUUACCGAUUGUUUGAAAAGUUUGGAUACAUCGAAGGCAAGCGGUCCCGAUGGUAUACCAUCCCGGCUUCUAAAGGAAUGCGCUGGACAAAUAGCGCCAAGUCUAUGCGAUAUCUUCAACCACUCACUGCAAUCUGGUCGACUCCCUUCAGAGUGGAAAUCAGCAAACGUUACUCCGAUACACAAGAAACAACAAAAAUAACUCGCAGAAAAUUAUCGUCCUAUUUCCCUGCUCCCCAUUGCGAGCAAAGUUUUAGAACGGUGCGUUUACACUAACUUUUAUUAUCAUAUUUUACAUCUCAUCACUCCAUAUCAACACGGAUUUCUAAGAAAUCGCUCCUGCGUAACACAACUUCUAUCAGUAUUCCACACCAUUGGAAAAAAUCUGGACAAGAAUACACAGACUGAUAUUGUUUACCUUGACUUCGCGAAAGCGUUUGAUUCUGUUGACCAUUCUAUUCUUCUUCAAAAACUCAAAUGUUAUGGAGUGACUGGAAACCUUCUAGGUUGGUUUGCUGAUUACCUUAACAAUCGUCGUCAGAGAGUCGUUGUGGACGGUGUCGCAUCACGUUGGGCCCCCGUUACAUCUGGAGUGCCGCAAGGGAGUAUCCUGGGACCUGUGCUCUUUGUAAUCUUUAUCAACGAUAUUCCUGAAGUGACUGAUGGAACAUCUCCAGCGCUGUUUGCAGACGACACGAAGGUUUACAAGGACGUAAGAUCGGUAACGGACUGUGAAAAGCUUCAGCAGACCUUAGAUAAGUUAGAUAUUUGGACUCAAGACAACAUAACAUUUAACGCUUCAAAAUGUAAGGUACUGUCGGUGACACGUAAGAAAGAUCCAAUAAUCUAUCCCUACCAUCUCGGACGAAAUGAUUUGUCGAGAGUUGAAAACAAGAAAGAAAAUGAGAUCGUGUCGAAAGCUAAUAAACAACUUGGUGUGCUAAAACGAACAUGCUUAUCAUUAACAAACGUCAACAUCAGACGUUCAUUGUACCUGCCACUAGUUAAAUCACAAGUCUCCUAUGCAACACAAGUUUGGUCUUCAAAUCAUCACAGUCAACUCAACAGAAGAAUUGAAAGAGUUCAAAGGAGAGCGACAAAAUAG